UCAGAAAAAAAAAUAUUGGCAAAUCUGUGCGAUCCGCGAAUUGUAAAUGCUGUCAACAUUUACACAGAUUGCAUGCAUAUUGUGCAGAUUAAAACGUACUGAAACUACAAUAUAAUACUAAGAAAACACGAGCGAGAGUGAAAAUCAUGUGAUGGCAAUUACUUUUUUUACAUAGGAAAUAAUCGGAAGUGAUUUCACUGUCUUUUAUCGUCGCUGUACGCAGAGGCGGCUCUUUAUUAUGACACGUUAAAUUAAGGUGUAGUUACGACCGUCUUCCUCUUAUUGACUUCCCGCGCAAACAUUUCGUAAUUUACGCCGCGAUAUAACAUCGCGUACCCAGACCCGACAGGGCAGACUCGCAAGGCCGGGCACCUAACCGACAUGUUGAGGUAGAUAUGUCUUGGUAAAAACAAGUGUGACAAGCCAAACAGAGCCAAUCUAUGCAGCACACCUAAGAUAAAGUCUCCAAGCUAGGAUUAUCAACAGUUGCAUUUUAAUUAAGAGGAAAAAGGAAACGUGCUGAGUAGCUCUACCUUCAGGACAAAGAGAGACAAAAAAAGAAGAUCGAAACUAAAAGGUUGGUGGCCGUAAAGAGUUAGACGCGGAAAACUUCAAAGUACACCGACGCUUUUUUUAUCCAUUGACCAACCAGCAACAUAAUCCCAGUAACAAUUAAAGAAGUGAGAAGACGCGACAGGAGUUGACUGGGAACAGGAGUGGAAAGUUUCACGCUUUAGAAUCACUCAACACCGGUAAACUUGAUGCAAAGCGGAUUACGAGGGACUUCUCAACGAAGAAACUUGCUUCUACAGUUCGGUAUAAAGAGCGGGUUUAACAUCUAAUUGAGAUUUGUAUGAUGGAUUAAGAACGCAAUUGAAAGAGCCUUCGUGAAAAUUUCAACCUGUAAGGUAAUUCAAGCUACCGAAUUCACGUUCCGCGUAACAAAUAUUGUGGCAACUCGAUAGUCUCUCGAAAGUCAACUCUUUAGGUUGUUUUUCGUGAUAUCUUCAAGGAAAAAUUUCGGUUCCUUGUGCCAUCAAUGUCAAACUCAUUCCAUAUCCUACCACAAAACCUCCUAGCCACUGCAAGGUGUUUAAAAUUUGCUUUGAAGAGGAAAGAUUUAGAAGACGGCAGAUCCUUUAAAAAAAAGGUUUAAAAGAAGACUGCAGAUAAGAGAAAAAAAGUAGAAGACUGUAGACAAGAGACAAAAAAUAGUAGAAGAGUGCAGAUAAGAAAAAUGAAUUAGAAAAAGACUGAGGACAAGAGAACAUAUUUAUAAAAUAAAAGAUUUAGAAGACUGUAAAUAAGAUAAAAGAUUUAAAAGACUGGAUAUGAGAGAAAAUAUUAGAAGACUGGACAUACCAUCCAUGAACCAACAACUUAACAAACUAUCUUUAGUCGCAAACUCUACAAUUUCGUGGUCGGCAAUUAUCACUAGACGAUCCUAAUUUGUCCCUGAGGUAAAUUAAGAGAAUUGAUAUUUUAGAUACCAGAACUCCUGGAACUCAUAAUGUCGAUACAUAGCAACGAUACCAACACCAGCUUACCCCCGAUAUCCCUCGUCACCCCUAUCAUUUACGGCAUCCUUGGGUUAGCACUGGUGCUGGCAAAUGCCACAGUUCUACAGCUCUUCUACCGUAACAGAGAGCUCCGUACAGUGAGCAACUCCUUCCUAGCCAGCCUGGCCGUGAGCGACCUCUCGACCGGCCUCCUGGCCAUCCCGGCCAACAUCGCCUGCAUCUUGACUCUGCAGCUGGACGUGUGCAUCUCCAUGGAUAUGUGUAUGAGGUUUCUGGGCUUCUCCACGGUGUCACACUUAACGGUACUCACACUGGAGCGGUACGUUCGCAUCACGCGUCCCUUCGAGUACAGGUCGCGGGUAACGCGCGGGAAAUCGCGGCUAGUUAUCGCGUCCAUGUGGGUUUUCUCCCUGGCAGCGUCCCUCGUGCAGCUCAUCUGGAUCAAAGAUGAGACCAUCAGCGAGGACACGAUUAUCCUGAUAGAAAUAAUCUACGACAUCAUUUCCUUUGGCAUCGUUGUCAUCAUCCCGCUAAUUAUCAUCACCAUCAUAUACAUCGCCAUAUUCCGUUACAUCCGACAGCACAACCGAAAGUCCAGAGAGUUCGCCAUGACGUCACUAACGGUUGCGGACGCGUCGCGUCACCAGCUGCGCCGGGAAGCCAGCGAGAAGAAAGUCCUCGCGGUCUUCCUGGCCAUGAUAGUCAUUUUCAUACUAGGUACCUUCUUGUACUUUUUCCUGGCCAUAAUUAUCGACCUCCAGGAAUACCACUCCAUCAGGUUCACGCCAGGCACCAUGAACAUUCUCAUCAAGUCCACCAUGUUUUUCCGGUACUUUUCGUCGCUUUGCAACCCUCUCUUGCUCACGUUCUUCAAGCAAGAUUUCUAUGGAAGUCUGAGAGCAUCUUUGAAAAAAUGAAGAGUUUGAUAACUCUUACCAAGUCCACCAUGUUUAAAAGAAUUUCUUUACAGUACUUAUCGUCGCUUAACAACCUUUCUUACUCACGUUCUUCAAGAGAGACUUCAAGCGAGAUCCUUGAUAAAGUAAACCAUCUUACGAUAUUUGACACCAUCUUUAAAGAAGUGAGCACUUUAACUAAACUCAGAAAACACCAUUGAGGGUGCGAGCACUAUCCUUGAAUAAACUCUUUUAUUACUUUCUUAAUGUUUUACCGACGGGCGGGCGAACAUUUUCCCAAGCUACUCUGUAGAGCUAUAUUGCACCGGAUCUGACAAUGAACUUAAUGCAGAUUAUCGGUGGACCGUCGACAAAAAAAAGUUACAAAAACAAUUAACUACCGACUCACGUCGAGCGGCAGACGUUUUCAUAUACUACCUUUUAGAGCUUCAUACCACCUGGAUCUUCGGUGACAAUGAGUUUACUGCUGAUUAUCAGUGAACGGUAGACAAAAACAAAACGGCACAAAAACUCUAGUAUUCAAUAUUACGACUAACUUUGGAUGAUAACAGUGGACCUUCGGAAAAUAUUGGUUCUAAAAAGGAUAAGAACUGUUUACGGAAAUUUUAAAUAGUUCUUUCUUCAACGCUUGUGUAGCACCGAUUGCUAUUGGUCUGAUCAGGAUCGAGACAUCGUUGUUCGUAUGCCUCUCGUAUCGUAAUGCGUAGAUCAUGACCACUCUAAGCAAGUCUGACGGAUGCAGGGAAACAGACUGACUAGAUUUAAAUCAGAUAGAAUAAACAAUAUUUGCAUGAAAUGUGUGUGUAAACUGGUGUGCGGGUAAAUGGGAUGGGGUAGAAAGAGGUAGAAUGAAUAACGGGGUUUGCAAUGGAUGUUUGAAUUGAUAUUAAAGUUAAGGUGAGAAUAAAACAUGUGUAUCUUCA